AUGUCGGACGAGGAGGAGGACAUCGGUCUCUCCAUGACCAUCAACGACGAGCUCCGCCUAUGCGGGAUGACCGGAGACGACGAGGACGAUGUCGUUGGGGAUGCCGAGGAGCUCUUCGGCCGUCGUGCUGCCGAGGAGCUCAACGGCGGCACUGCUGGUAACCCACUUCCCGUCGACGACGGUGAUGGCCCCAACGCCGUCCAGGGCGACGCUCAAGCUCAAGCCGCUGGUGAUGACGGCUCAAGCAGCAAGCCUAAUCGCCCUUCUACCUCGGCUUCCUGCAAACAAAUUCGAUUACUAUUGGUUACAACUUACAAGCAUUCUCUUUUGUCCUGUAGAGUCCUUCAGUUAGACGUUCCUGCAGAUUCUGAGGCCUCUCCUAGGAGAAAUGUACCCGGGAGUGUUAGUAGCCCUCUCAUGAACGGUGAAAAGGCUCUCUUUCGAAUCAGAAUGCAGGGUUCACUGCACUUGCAAGUCCUGUCGUUGACAAGGUCCUUCUGUGUUGAUGACAAUGACUUGGAAGAUGGUAAGGCCUCAAAAGAAAGGGAGAGCUCUGCACAGUCACUCAGGCUCCCAAAGAUUCAGAAUCAGGCUUUCCUAUCUGGUCUGGCUUACUGCAUAUCAUCAUGCAGCAUGAUCUUAGUCAACAAAUUUGUUCUAUCUGGCUAUGGUUUCAAUGCUCCAGUAUUUUUGAUGCUAUACCAGAACAUUGUAUCAGUGACCAUAGUUUCUACACUAUCCCUGUCCGGUGCUGUUCCAACUGAACCAUUGACAUGGAAUCUAAUCAAAGUUUGGUUGCCUGUGAAUAUCAUCUUUGUUGGAAUGCUGAUCACAAGCAUGUUUAGUUUGAAGUACAUUAAUGUUGCAAUGCUGACUAUAUUGAAGAAUGUCGCCAAUGUCCUGACUGCCUCUGGGGAAACUUAUUUUUUCAAGAAGCAGCAUGGUACUCAAGUUUGGAUUGCUCUUAUGUUGAUGAUAAUCUCUGCAGUUGCGGGAGGAAUAACAGAUCUGUCAUUCCAUGCUGUCGGAUAUAUCUGGCAGACCUUAAACUGUUUUCUGACGGCGUCAUAUUCGCUUACAUUGCGGCAUGUAAUGGACACUGCUAAGCAAGCCACCAAGUCUGGGAAUUUGAAUGAGCUUUCAAUGGUGUUGCUGAAUAAUGUUCUUUCACUGCCAUUGGGAAUUGUCCUUGUGCUUGGUUUGAAUGAAGUGGAGUAUCUUUUGGAGACACCUCUCUUAAGGAUGCCUGAGUUUUGGCUGGUCAUCACUGCCAGUGGAGUUUUGGGGCUUGGAAUCAGCUUUACUUCCAUGUGGUUUCUUCGUCAGACAAGUGCAACAACAUAUAGCCUUGUGGGCUCCUUAAACAAGAUCCCUCUUUCCAUUGCUGGAAUCGUUCUCUUCAACGUUCGUACAAGCAUGCAGAAUUCUUUGAGCAUUCUGUUUGUUCUGAAAAUGUCUAUUUUUGGUUCUAAAAAGUAUGGUGAUUAUAAUUCUGAAAAUUAUGGGCUCAAGGUAGGCAGUCAGACAUGGUUUCCCAACAUCUUGGCGUGCCCUCUGCAUAAGGACGUCUGUGUUGCUGUGACAGAGUACGCGAGGACCACUGACAUAUGA